ACCUCCAGUGCACCUCCUCUGUAUGGUACUGAAUUAUUGCCAGCAUGCCUCCCAGUCAUUUUUGCUACCACAAUGCCUCCAGUGUACAGUUGUAGGUCAAUACUGUACUCCAGUGUAGUUGUAGGUCAAUACUGUACUGAUCAUCUAUUGCCAAAGUACGUUCAUGUAUCAUUAAGAGAUUACCUCUUUGUUCUUAGUCAUAUUCUAUCAGCAUUUUUUGUCAUUAUUCAGUUCUGUGACAAAUAUGCAGAUCUUUUAUUUGUAUUGUUGCUUGUGGGCUUCACCAGAUGGCACCUCUGAGCUAGAUGACUCCC